ACCUAAUAGUAACUGAUUUAAUAAGGUUUUAAUCCUAAUUUUAGUUAUUGCAUAAUUAAUUACCUUUAUCCUGCAUAACAAUUUGACAUAGACAAUGUGAAAAAAUAUUUCUUAGACAUGAAUUGCUUAAAUGAAAUUUAUUUUAGCGAUUAAUAUUUUUUAUCAGGGGCUAGCUGUACUUCAAAUAAUGAUAUAACAAUAAAAUAUACUCCUGAAAACAAGAAUACAAAGAUAUAUUCCUUUACCUUUAUAUUUUAAAUUGUAGCCGCUUUACCUGCUGACUAUACUUUAAAAUCGAUUGUCGAAAUAAAUAAUGUCUCUUAUCAAAGCGAUAUGGGAUAUUAUACUGAGUAAAAUAAUGGAUAUUCUUUUAAUUAAAAUGGUGUGUAUUAAUAAUCGUAAAAUGUAGAUAGUUUAACACUCAAAAUAACACCAUUUAAUAGGAAUAUUGGGAAUUAAUAUCAAAUUUAUUUGUAAAAAUUAGUACUAAUUGUAUAAUUGUGCUAAAUAAAUUGUUCAUAGUGUGAUUCUAAUUAAUUAUGCUUAUAAUGCUAUCCUGGGUAUUACCUUCAGCAAAAAACAAACUAAUGUGUAACUUCUUGCGAUUAUAACUAAUUUGUGAAUUAAUUGAGCUAGUGCUAAUCAUGUGAUCCAGGUUGUAAAACUUGUAAAGGUCCAUAUCCAAAUAACUGUUUAUCAUGUAACAUAGGACUAUAUUAUAAUUAAACCACAUAAUAAUGCAUUUGUGAUCCAACCUGUUAAACUUGUGAUGGUCCAAGUUAAACUAAUUGUUUAUCUUGUAGCUCUGGGUUAUACUAUUAGUAAGCUGCAAAACAGUGUGUAUAAUCUUGUAAUUAAAAUUAAUUUCCAAAUUAAUAAUUGUAAUAAUGUUAAUCAUGUGAUUAAAGUUGUGCAAGUUGUGAUGGAAAGGACCCAAACAAUUGUUUAAGUUGUUACCCUAACACCUUUCUCUACAACAAAAAUUGUGUAAGCCUUUGUCCAAAUGGGUUUUAAAGUAAUUUUACUGCUCAUACAUGCGAUUCAUGCUAAAAUUAUUGGAGCCUAUAAUGCAAUCCCUGCUAUGCGAGCUGUAAAAAAUGUGAUUAGUCAUAGAUUUAAAAUUAAUAAUGUCAGACUUGCUAUAAUGAAACAAGAUAAAUAGAUGUUUAAAGUAAAAAAUGCCUUUGCAAAAACUAAAACGAUACAAGGAAUAUAUUUUAUUAAUGUAGCUAUGAAAAUAUUGCUGUCAUUGAUGCAAAAUUAAGUUCUACAUCUCCAUAGCUCAGUAUUGACUUGGGAUCUCCAUUGAUGAAUAUCAUAUCAAAUACACCUUAGUCUUUGUGCUCAUAGAUAUUUGAUUAAACAACACUAGGCCUUCUUGGGUUAGAUUCUUAAUGCGAAAUCAAUGGGAAUAGAAUUUUGGUUAACUUAAGCGACUCAUCGACAAUCAUGGAAAAUAAUUCAAUUAAUUUUUUGCCAAAUAAGCUGCAGUUUAUAGAUUAUACGGGCACGUUCAUUAACAUAUUUUAUAGAAACAUUACUUUCUAAGAGUACCCUGGAAUCCCUUAACUUUAAUUUAGCUAUAAUCACAUAGAAAAUAGCUGUAACUCUAUAAAUAUAACUCUUUACAAUAUUUAAAACGAUGCAGGAAGAAAAUUUAUGAGUCUAAAUUGGACUUUAAUUUAAAUUGUAGGCUCGAUAAGUAGCGAGUAGUAAGAAAGUAUAAAGGAGAUCUUAUUAAAAGCAAGCUAAAUCAAAAACACAAGUUUAAUAAUAGAUCCUAAAUUCAUACCCCCAAAUAUUAAUAUAACAAUAUAAUUUAGUUAUUUACUUAAGGUUAACUAAGCUGGUUCUUAAAUGUUCACAAUUAUUUAUCAAAAAUAAAAAUUUAUAAGAAUCAACUAUUAGCAAUCUUUGUACCCACCAAUUUAUAGAUCUAUGAGCUUGAGUUUCUACUUUUAAUUUUACACAGAGAUAUGCGAGUUAGGCCAUAUAACUUUUUUUAAUGAGCCUGUUGAUUUACAACUUGUUUCUAACUAGCUUUAAAAGGAAAGCUUAAUUCAAUACAACUAAACAAGCUUUCAAUAUGAUAUUCUCUCUUACUCCUUAGCAUCUAACUAAACCUUUAAUAUGAGUCUAAUUUUGAAUUUGAGUUCAGAUAGUAAUAUUACUACCAUCCAAAAUAUAUCAGUUAAUAUUUAAAUUACAGAUUUGUAUUUGCAAAUUAUUGGAGGCUCAAGUCUUGUUUUAGGCUAUUAAAAUUAAAUGGUCUUAAAUACUGAAUCGAGGGAUUAUGAGAUUCAAGAUCCAAAUUCUGCUUCAAAUAUCAACUUUAGUUGGAAGUGUAAUAGCCUAUCCUCUAAUGACCAUAUUUGCUAUGAUUACUAAAAUAAGUAGAUUUAAUUGCAACAAGGGGUCAGAAACAUCUCAUUUCCUGCUAAAACGUUUUAGCCAUACACUGCAAUUUAGAUUACUGUUAUUGGAUAAAAAGAUUCUAGAUAAUCAAAUUUCACCACUACUUGUAUAUUCACAGAAUUAGAUAUUCCUCCACUAAAUAUUUUAUAUAUUGCAGCAAGCACUAACCGAAAAAUUAAUUUGAAUGAUGAUCUUAAUUUUUAAAUAAAUUAUGGUGAGAAUGUUUCAUCAGAUUACUUGUCUUAUGCAGGAGCUAUAUUAUAUGAUAAUAAUCCAGUUGCAGCAAUCAAAUUUGAUUAUUUCCAAGUUAGAUUCAGAAUUUGGAACUAUUUUUAAAAUAUAGAUCCCUCAAAACCAACACUUUAAAUAAGAUUUUCUGUUUAUAAUCCGCUAUUUGUUAUGCCAAGCUUGUCUACAGUUAGCAUUUAAAUUAAUAUUCCCCCUCAGAAUUGCGUUUUAAGUAUAAAUCCCUUAUAAGGAAUAGCGCUUGAAACUAUCUUCUAGAUAUAAUUAUUGAAUUGUACAGAUGAAGAUCUUCCUCUAACUUACUAGUUUUUCUAUUACAAUAGUGCUGAUGAUGCCCAUCAAGAAUUAAUUUCUCCCUGGAAUAUAUUAAGAAGAUAAAUAUAAGAUUAAACUAUCAAAAACUUAAUUUAAACAGUACUACCUAAUGGAAAUCUAGUUGUUAUGGUAUAGGUCAUGGAUUCUUACCUAGGAGUUUAUAAUACCUCUUCUAUAAUAUAGGUUCAAGAUUAGAAUAAAUCAGCUGACGAAUAUUAUAAACUGGUAAAUCAACUCACUUCAUAAACUUUAUAGAGCUCAAAUAUAUAAGUCACUAACUAACUAGUGAUUUUAAGCAUCAUAGCAGAAGACAUUAGUAAAAACAAUAACUUUCAUAGCAAAUGA